AUGUCUCAGUUAAUGCGGUUCACAAGCGACCCGAACACGACAAGUGAAACAUUGCCCGACCCCGAGGUCCUACACACAGGCCCUCGUCUCGGCGGCGGGUACCCUCUCUACAAUGCUCUCGCUCACGUGGACCUACAGAGCGGGACGUCAGAGGUCUACUUCCCUGGUCGAACCCAUCUAGUGCAAGAACCACUUUUCAUUCCAAAAGCAGGGUCUACUAUCGAAGGAGACGGAUAUCUCAUGGCUCUGGUGAAUCAUUACGAGUCGAUGACAAGCGAGCUUCAUCUUUUGGAUUUGACCGAUUUCAGCAAGGCCAGGGCCGUUAUUCAUCUGCCGGUUCGGCCUCGGCCUGGUCUGCAUGGGAAUUGGGUGGAUAGUCGUGAUAUGCAGUCUAUUCGGAUGAAUCAAGAAUACGUACAAUACAAAGCAGAAGAGAUUCUAUUGCAAUUGCAAACUCAUACCGUUGCAGUCGCGUGGCUGUCUGAUGGUACACGAUAUUAUGCUAUGACUCGGCCUUGUGCUACAUGUCUCGCUAUUUAUGAACACCGCUUGACAGAUCGCUGUGUGGCUCUGUGCCUCACAGUAUCAUGCCGGCGGAGAUUGUCUGGCGCUUGCGAUCACGCUCCCUCUUAUCCACCACUUCGAGAAGAUUUUAGCGUGCCCCAGCGCCGUGCUUUCUCUUCCUUGCCGAGUUUCAACGUUGCCAAAGCAGAAGAUCAACAAGUCACGCCAGUCCGGAAAGGCUGCUCUUUAGCAUACAGUCAGAUAAAGAUGCGUACCCCACAUUUGCUGUUUGCCCGUCCAUCCUCGCCUACAGUCUCAAGCUCUCGACUUUACUCCUCGCCACUUUACCUUCCACCAAAUACUUCCAGACCAUUCUCUCACAACUUACAACUGCUGCAAUACGAAAAUGAUCUGGUCCUCGGAAGCAGACGCCAAGACUGCACCUCCUGCGCUGUUGAGCAGCGUAUGGUAAGGCUCAGGAGGAUGGCAACUGCCGCGUCCAUGGCAUCACCCAGUGCGACCGGUGGCGGAAGUAGUACCAACACAACCCCUAAUACUACUCCACGGAAGCGCAAGGGAGAUAGUCUGGCAACCGCUCCUGCGAAGAAGGCCAAGACAGGGGGUGUCGCUUCUGCCGGAUCUGAGAAGAAGGGGGCAGAUACAGCUCUUGUCGAGGCAAAUGGAAAGGCCGAAAUGAAGGUCAAGUCUGAGAUUAAGGAUGACCCUGUGCAAUAG